UACCUGAAGACAUCUUUUUACCAAAAAGGGGCCAUUGUUUAUCCAACAAGCACCAGUCUCAAGGUUUUCCAUAAUAUCGAACAGUGUAACGACCAUUCAUCGAUGAUGCUGGAAAACAGCUCCCCUCUCUUGAUUGACAGCAGGGGGAAGAUUUAGGCGCAGGGUAGGUUGUCCUCACGCUUUUACAGCCCCAAGAACGGAAAACGCACCCAUUCGGCUCCGAUACAUUUGGCCAUUACGGACUCCGCGGCAUUUCUGCGGCGAUUUUGCUCGCCGCUGCGUGUUUCAGGAGCACUGCGAGCGAUUAAUCGGACGCCACGGCAAGCCCCCUUGUCUGCUCCGUUUGGUUUGGUCCAAACUUGGUCGGGAUUGUAGUUCUCCGUGGAUGACAGCGUGUCCAUUCAGUCGCUCCGCGCCCGCGUCCGCUCUCGAUGGCUUUCGGGCUCUGCUUUAUCUGAAUGACCGGACGUCUGAUAUUUUCUUCCUAAGCACCGAUGAUGGAUAUCGUAUGGAUUUUAUGGAUAUUGCCUUCAGCGCUGGCUAUUGAAGAAACGUUAAUGGACUCCACAACGGCCACAGCAGAACUGGGCUGGACCGUGUUUCCUGCGUCGGGAUCCAGUGACAACAGUUGGGAGGAGGUGAGCGGCUAUGAUGAGCACAUGAACACCAUCCGCACCUAUCAGGUGUGCAACGUCUUCGACAGCAACCAGAACAACUGGGUGCGCACCAAGUACAUCCGCCGGCGCGGCGCCCAGCGCAUCCACGUGGAGAUGAAGUUCUCCGUGCGCGACUGCAGCAGCAUCCCACGCGUGCCAGGCUCCUGCAAGGAGACCUUCAACCUCUACUACUAUGAGUCGGACGCCGACACGGCCACCAAGCAGAUGCCGCCGUGGAUGGAGAACCCGUGGAUCAAGGUGGACACCAUCGCGGCCGACGAGAGCUUCUCGCAGGUGGACCUGGGCGGCCGCGUGAUGAAGAUCAACACGGAGGUGCGCAGCUUCGGCCCGGUGUCGCGUGGCGGCUUCUACCUGGCCUUCCAGGACUAUGGCGGCUGCAUGUCGCUCAUCGCCGUGCGUGUCUUCUACCGCAAGUGCCCCCGCAUCAUCAUCAACGGGGCCUCGUUCCAGGAGACGCUCUCCGGAGCGGAGAGUACUUCGCUGGUGGCGGCCAGGGGCGUGUGCGUCCCCAACGCCGAGGAGGUGGACGUGCCCAUCAAGCUCUACUGCAACGGCGACGGCGAGUGGAUGGUGCCCAUCGGCCGCUGCAAGUGCAAAGCUGGCCAUGAACUGGUGGAGAACAGCACCGUGUGCAGAGCGUGCCAGUCUGGUUUCUUCAAGCCUGCCCAGGGUGACGAGGCGUGUCUGCAGUGCCCCAUCAACAGCCGCACCACCAACGAUGGCGCCACAAACUGCGUGUGCCGUAACGGCUACUACCGUACCGACGCAGACCCCAUCCAGAUGCCGUGCACAACCGUGCCCUCCGCCCCGCGAAACGUGAUGUCCAGCGUGAACGAGACGUCCCUCAUGCUGGAGUGGACCCCCCCGCGGGAGAGCGGUGGGCGGGACGACGUGGUCUACAACGUGAUCUGCAAGAGCUGUGGUGGGGGGCGGGGCGGCUGCACACGCUGCGGAGACAACGUGCAGUUUGUGCCACGCCAGCUCGGCCUGACCGACACACGUGUCUACAUCAGCGAGCUGCUCGCCCACACCCAGUACACCUUCGAGGUGCAGGCCGUCAACGGCGUCUCUGACCAGAGCCCCUACUCACCUCACUACGCCUCCGUCAACAUCACCACCAACCAGGCCGCUCCGUCCACAGUGUCUAUAAUACACCAGGUCAGCCGCACAGUGGACAGCAUCACUCUUUCCUGGUCUCAACCCGACCAGCCCAACGGGGUUAUUUUGGACUACGAACUGCAAUACUACGAGAAGGUCCAGAACGAGCACAACUCGUCCACGGUGCGGAGUGAGACCAACACGGCCGUCAUCCGUAGCCUCAAGCCCGGGGGUAUCUACGUGUUCCAGGUGCGGGCGCGCACUGUUGCUGGCUUCGGACGCUACAGCGGCAAGAUGUACUUCCAGACCAUGACCGAGGAGGAGUACAACACCAGCAUACAGGAGAAGCUUCCUCUCAUCAUUGGCUCCGCCGCUGCUGGUUUGGUCUUCCUUGUUGCUCUGGUGGUCAUCGUCAUCGUGUGUAACCGACGUGGCUUCGACCGAGCAGACUCUGAGUACACAGACAAACUGCAGCACUACACCAGCGGACACAUGACACCAGGAAUGAAGAUCUACAUCGAUCCGUUUACCUACGAAGACCCGAACGAGGCUGUGCGGGAGUUUGCCAAGGAGAUCGACAUCUCCUGCGUGAAGAUAGAGCAGGUCAUCGGGGCAGGUGAGGUCCGGCCGGGCGCCAGGCUCACCCUGCAGACACACGUUCCCUUUCGCUUUGCCACAAACAUCCAUCAUCUACCCCCCCCCUCCGCUGCGAACUCCGACCUCUGUCGCCCCUCAGGAGAGUUCGGGGAGGUGUGCAGUGGCAACCUGAAGUUGCCGGGGAAGAGGGAGAUGUUCGUGGCCAUCAAGACGCUGAAGUCAGGCUACACGGAGAAGCAGAGGCGGGACUUCCUGAGCGAAGCCAGCAUCAUGGGCCAAUUCGACCACCCCAACGUCAUUCAUCUAGAGGGCGUGGUGACCAAAAGCAGUCCUGUGAUGAUUAUCACGGAGUUUAUGGAGAAUGGAUCGUUGGACUCCUUCCUGAGGCAAAACGAUGGGCAGUUCACGGUGAUCCAGCUGGUCGGCAUGCUACGCGGCAUCGCCUCGGGCAUGAAGUACCUCUCGGACAUGAACUACGUGCACCGCGACCUGGCCGCACGCAACAUCCUGGUCAACAGCAACCUGGUGUGUAAGGUCUCGGACUUUGGGCUCUCCCGCUUCCUGGAGGACGACACAUCUGAUCCCACGUACACCAGCGCCCUGGGGGGGAAGAUUCCCAUACGAUGGACGGCCCCCGAGGCCAUCCAGUACAGGAAGUUCACCUCAGCCAGCGACGUGUGGAGCUACGGAAUCGUCAUGUGGGAGGUGAUGUCAUACGGGGAGAGGCCGUACUGGGACAUGACCAAUCAGGACGUCAUCAACGCCAUCGAGCAGGACUACCGGCUGCCUCCGCCCAUGGACUGCCCCAGCGCGCUGCACCAGCUCAUGCUCGACUGCUGGCAGAAAGAGCGGAACAACCGGCCAAAAUUCAGCCAGAUUGUCAACCACCUGGACAAGAUGAUCCGCAACCCCAACAGCCUGAAGGCCAUGACCCCCCUCUCCUCGGGGGUGCACCUGCCACUGCUGGACCGCAGCGUCCCGGACUUCUCCAGCUUCAGCACGGUGGAUGAGUGGCUGGACGCCAUCAAGAUGGGCCAGUACAAAGACAACUUCACCAACGCCGACUUCACCAGCUUCGACGUGGUCUCGCAGAUGACAAUGGAAGACAUCCUUAGGGUGGGUGUGACCCUCGCAGGCCAUCAGAAGAAGAUCCUGAACAGUGUGCAGUUAAUGAGGGCACAGAUGAACCAGAUCCAGUCGGUGGAGGUUUGACCCCCGGACCGGGGGAGGGGACCCUCAGACAGGGAGGGAGGCAGGACCACGAGGCUGUGUGAGGUGGACGUGGGCUAGGGCCGUCAGCCUGA